GCAUACCGAUUUAGGCAUUGUCGCUUCUUUCCAUGGGUAUCUAGUCAAGUAAAGCACUCACAAGUUGGAUCAGAAUCUUUGCACAAAACAAACACAGCGUUACUUGCAACCCCCCAUUGUCUUCUGGCGGCCACCGUCCAACCUGUGGUCCCCAAUUCCAAGAGCACCAGUUACCUAAAAAUAUUUGUAGUUCCAUAUGCUCUUCAUUUCGAAGAUAAUUCAGCCCUACCAAAUGGCUUUUGCAAGCAAGAUAUCUCAGAAAAACUUAAGGAUUCUAUUGAUACUAGCCCUUUAAAUCAUGAAGAAGUAUCAAAAACUCAUAUUGCAGAGUGCGUGGCUACUGUUAGCAUGGCUCAGGGACAUUUGCCAGCCUGCAUCGCUGUGCAUCCCUUUAGUAGGUCCCAACUACUUUGUGCAAUUGGUACAAUGGAAGGUCGGGUCGAUGUUUAUCUCUUUAUGCCUCUUGUACGCGAGUUAGUUAACGUAUAUUCGGUGCCAAAAGCGCAUCCAAUCUUCGUAACUUCGCUCGCUUUUCUUCCUGUGAGACGGAAUUUAAUAGAAACCAAAAUGGAGUUAUCCCCAUGUUGUAAUAAGGUCGUUAGCGGGUCGGAAUUGCUUGAACCCAUUCAUAAAAGCCAAACCAAUUCGGCUGUUACCUCGUCACCACAUAUUUCUACUACAUAUUCUGAGGAGCAUUUUGAACUGGUCAGCGUGAGCGUUGAUCAAAAUCUCUGCUGGCAUCAAGGUCCUUCUUAUUCCCAAGUGGUGGCAUUGGCUGAAUUGCAUGCGGCUAACUUUCGCAAUCGACGGUCACUGCUUACAUCUACUGCAAGCUUUCUGGGUGGACUUACUUUGCUGCUUUUUCCUUUGGUUUUCGCUUUAGUUGACCGCUUGGCGAUAUGGCUUUUCUAG